AUGUCUGCUGCUCGAGUCCUCUCUCCGUGCACUCACUCUAGUUCCCCCCUUCACUCCACCUCCUCCCUUCGCACACCACGCCCUCCUCCCCUGCAGCUCGCAGACCCCGCAACAACGACCAUGACGAGUCUGCUGCUCGAGUCCGCUCUCCUCCUGCGCUCCCUCAACGCUGCCCUCGCUGCCACAUACAACCUGCACCACCUGCUGCCUCCCGCAGACGCCAUGGCUGAGCAGUCACUCUGCUCUCCUGUGCUCGCCAGUGCACUGCGCAAGCUGAUGGGUCAGUCCGACAGAGAAGAUGGUGACAGGGCAGAUGCUGACAGGGAACGUGCUGACGUGGCAGAUGCUGACGGGGCAGAUGCUGACAGGGCAGGGGCGAAAUCCAGUGGAGUGGAGACGAGCAGAAGUGAGGAGCCAGGUGCAGAAACAGAGAGAGGGGCGAGCGGGAGUGGAGAGGCUGCAGAGGGCAGUGAACGGGGUGGUAAUGACUGUAACAGAGGUGACAAUGGGUUGAAAGGGAGAGCGCAGGAGCGGGAGGGAGAAGGUGUGGCUGUGGGGGGUGAUGAGGGAGGGAAGCAGAGUGGUGGUGGGUCGGGCACGGUGACGAGCGGUGGUGAUGGUGUGGGUGAAGGGGUUGCCGAUCCUGGGGGUGGAAGCAGGGAGGAAGGUGGGAAGGGGGAGUUGAGUGUAGAGGAUGGGACGGGCAGUCAGGUGGGGAAGAGGGAUACCACUACCACCACUGGAGUGACUGUGACUGAUGGGAGUGUGAGUCUAACGGAGGAGGAAGUGGAAGCAGUGAAGGUUGCAGCAAAGGGUCUUGUGACUGCGUACUGGACGUCAUUCCUAAGCAUGCACAAGCUGUGCCACGUGGAACUGUGUGCGGUGCUACGGCAGCAGUGGGUGGUAAACCAAACACGAGAAGCAGCGCCGUGGGUGUAUGCAUCUGCCUCGCCCAUGCAAACAGAGCAGCUUUUCGGCCUCGACCGCUGGCCCGAUGUCACCACAGCCAGGCAAUUCGUGCCGCCAGACAAGCAGAGCGACCUGGCGCUCCUCUCAGCAGCCUUGGCCCGCCAGGUGCGGGCGGCCAUGGCUGCAGUGCCCUCCUCCGUGCUCGCCCCGCCAACCCACCACUGCCAUAACUGCAUCCCCAAUCCCGCCUCCUCCCUCCACCACACCUCUCUCCCCCCACACCCCUCUCAGUUGGCGCUCCUCUCAGCAGCCUUGGCCCGCCAGCGCACGCUGCCGUGUGUGCCGUCCUGCCUGCAGGACAUGCGACUCUACUCCCGCCCGCUCAUACAGCCUCUGCUCUUCUGCCACUCGCUGCUGCCUCUCUCCCUCACCUCAAUCUCCUCACCUCCUCUCACACCCACGCCCCACACCCCCACCACCCCCAAUACUCCCUCCACUCCCACCACUCCUGCUUCACCUGCCAGCUUUGCUGCUGCUUCUAUCAUUGACGCCAGUAAUCCCGCAUCCACCUUCCCCAGUCCUCCCCUCCCCAUCUCCCCCUCCCUCCUUCCCACCACCUCCACCUCUCUGGACUCCCUCCUCUCCUCUCUGCACUCCUACCCACCCGCUUCCAUCCCUUUUUGCCUCUCCUCGCCCCACCGCCCACCCAUCCCCAGCCAUCUCAACCACCUCACGUCUCUCAGCCCAGCAGCAGCAGCAGCAGCGGCAGCAGCAGGAGGAGGCACAGAAUCCCCACGUGUAUCUGCCGCAGGUUCGACAGGAGGGGAGGGUGGCAGGAAGGCGACACGGGGAAAGCAUGUGGUGGUAUUUGUGCAUGGGUAUCAGGGCCACCGCAUGGACCUAAGGCUCGUGCGUGACAGCUGGCGCCUGCUAGACCCCGACAUCGAGUGCCUCAUGGCCGAGAGCAACGAGACAAACUCCGCCGCCCCGCACUCCCCCUCCCCCUCGUCGCAUUCGCCCGCCCGUGCUCCCGACCUGAGCGGGGUGGAGGCGAUGGGUGCUCGGCUGGCGCAUGAGGUGGUAACCGCAUUACGCAGCAUGUUUGGGCCGAUCGACCGGCCCAAUAGGAAGAACCUGUUGCAGCGGCUGUCCUUUGUGGGGUACUCCAUUGGGAACCUUGUCGUGCGGGCGGCACUGGCAGACGACAGCAUGCGGCCCUACCUGCCCUACCUGCACCUCUACCUGUCCUUCUGUGGGCCCCACCUGGGCUACAUGUACCACUCCAACUCCCUCGUCACGGGCGGCAUGUGGCUGCUCAAGCGCCUCGACCCCUCCUCCCUCAUGCGCCAGCUGUCCUUCUCCGAUUCGCUCAACGUCCGCGACUCCUGCAUCUACCGCCUCUCUCAGGACCCUCCCUCCAUGCCUCUCUGUUGCACAUUUCACUGCCCGCCUAUCGAGCCACCUCAGGAUGAGUAUGUGCCGUAUCAUUCCGCCCGCCUGGAGGUCUUCGGUGCGGUGCUGAGGGAUGCUCGUCUUGGUGGCGUGUACACAUCUAUGGUGGAAGGCUGCCUUGCACCAUUUCUCUCCCAUCCUUCGUGGACGUCUGGAGAUCGAUCAUUCAUCCGUUGUGACGUUAACUUUGAGUUGCCGCAGCAGCAACGUAAUCUGAACCGCCUGCUGGGAAGAGCGGCCCACAUUGAGUUCCUGGAGUUCCCAGCUUUUAUUCAGUUUUUUUUUGCCACGCAUAUGCAUCUGCUGGCAAAUGGUGCUGAAUGA